GACAGCUGCUUUAGCCAAUGAGCAAGCAGGAACUGAAGGCGCUCACGCCGUCUCGAGGCGGAGCGGAGGAAGUAGUCAGCCACGGUUACCCUCCAUCUUCGAUACCGCCGUUACGACAGUUUGCUAAGGGAAACCCAGACGGACAAGGGAGCACAGUUGGGAUUAAACUGCAAUUGGAGGUGAAUGAACCAUGAGCGGGCUCAAUGUUAAAAAGCUCAAGGUGAAUGAGCUAAAAGAAGAGCUUCAGCGUCGAGGCUUGGACACUCGUGGACUGAAGGCCGAUCUGGUGGACAGAUUGCAGGCGGCGCUGGAGGCCGAGGCCGCUGGCUCUGAGGCACCCGGUGAGAAGGAACAAGACUAUGAGGCUGGAGAUGGCAACGAUUUUCAGGAGGACGAAGAGCAUUCAGGCAAGGAGCAAGAUUAUGGAGAAGAGGCCAAGGCACAGUUUGACGAUGGAAACAGCACAGACCUCUUCCAGGAUGGCAAUGAUGAUCAGGAAAACGAAAAUAACAAAGACAACGAGGACAGCACAGAGACCCCUAUACCUGGUUUUGCAAAGAGUGAUUCUACCGCAGAUAUGGGUCAGGGGCAUGACCAGGAUGAAUGUAAAGAGCCUGAGGCCAAGAAACCAGACAUUAAGGAACCAGCAAUGGAGCAGGAAGAUGAGAUGAACGAGGGAGGUCCUACAAAAUCUGAGCCGCAGGUGGAGAAGACGUCUGAGGAGCCGGCAUCACGCCAAAUGCCAGAAGGAGACUCCAAUCAACAUAACCAGCAGGAGGGGUCAGAGGGUUCUGAGGUGAAAACAGAAGAAGAUGUUCCACAGCAAGCUGAACAAGCUAAUGAAUGGGGUGCUACGGAUGCACAAGUCAAAACAGAGGAUGAUCAGUACGCGUCAUACAGUCGCAAGAGGUCGUACGAUGAGAGCAGAGGAUAUAGUUACUACGAGCAUCGCGAUGAUAGGAGGGGGAGAUCACCACAGCCUCCAGCCGAAGAAGAGGAAGAAGAGAUUGACGAUAAGCUAGUGGUCAUUGACACCUAUAAUUGUGACCUGCACUUCAAGGUGGCUCGUGACCGGUACAGUGGCUACCCUCUGACCAUUGAGGGUUUUGCCUACUUGUGGGCAGGUGCCCGAGCCACCUAUGGUGUCAACAAAGGGCGUGUGUGCUUUGAAAUUAAGAUAACUGAGGAAAUUUCAGUGAAACACCUUCCUAGCAGCGAGCCUGAUCCUCAUGUGGUGAGAAUAGGAUGGUCCUUGGAUUCAUGCAGCACUCAGCUUGGCGAAGAACUGCAUUCAUUUGGUUACGGAGGAACUGGCAAGAAGUCCACCAACUGUAAAUUUGAGGAUUAUGGGGAAAAGUUUGGUGAAAAUGAUGUUCUUGGUUGCUAUAUUGACUUUGAAAGCAGUGAUGAAGUAGACAUGGCAUUCUCCAAGAAUGGCAAGUUGCUGGGAUCCUGUUUCCGCGUCUCUCGAGAGGAACUUGCUGGACAGUCUCUCUUCCCACAUGUAUUGGUGAAGAACUGUGCUGUGGAAUUCAACUUUGGACAAAAGGAGGAGCCCUUCUUCCCCCAACCAGAGGGCUACACCUUCAUUCAGGAUUUUCAGCUGGCAGACAGAGUCAGAGGGACAGUGGGACCUGCCACUAAAGCUGACUGCGAGAUCCUGAUGAUGGUUGGUCUGCCUGGAAGUGGAAAAACAACCUGGGCUAUAAAACAUGCAGAGGAGAACCCAGAAAAAAAGUUCAACAUUCUGGGCACAAAUGCUAUCAUGGAAAAGAUGAAGGUCAUGGGACUCCGUCGCCAGCGUAACUACUCCGGACGAUGGGACGUACUUAUUCAGCAGGCCACGCAGUGUCUCAACAGGCUAAUCCAGAUUGCUGCCCGCAAGAAGCGAAACUACAUCCUGGACCAGACAAAUGUUUAUGGAUCAGCCCAGAGACGAAAAAUGCGUCCUUUUGAAGGUUUUCAACGCAAGGCUAUUGUAAUUUGUCCCACGGAUGAGGAUUUAAAAGAGCGAACGUUAAAGCGAACUGAUGAGGAAGGGAAGGAUGUUCCCGAUCAUGCUGUGUUAGAAAUGAAAGCAAACUUCGUGCUGCCCGAUGCCGGCGAGUACCUGGACGAAGUGAGAUUCAUCGAACUGCAGCGGGAAGAAGCAGACGCUCUCAUCAAGCAAUACAACGAAGAAGGCCGCAAAGCCGGCCCUCCGCCCGAAAAGCGCUUCGAUAACCGGCAGGGUGGCUUCCGCGGCCGUGGUAGCUACCAGCGCUACGACAAUCGCGGUGGAUCACAGGGUGGUAGAGGUGGUUACCAGAAUCGGGGCGGCCAGGGAGGUGGAGGCUUCAGAGGAGGAUAUAAUCGUGGAGGCUACAACCAGAAUCGCUAUGGAAAUAACUACAGGGAUGGAGGCUCGGGCAGCCGUGGGGGAUACAACCGCAACCAGCCGUCUGGGGGCAGCUACUCCCACAACCGCCCGAGUUCUUACAGCAAGAGCGGCACUGGCAGCAAUGGAGGCUACAGCCAGUCACAGCCUCAGUCCUACAGUCAAGGAUACAACCAGGGCUAUAACCAGGGCAACUAUAACCAAGGUUACAACUAUGGAAGCUACAGUCAGUAUCCAGGAUACAGCCAGAGUUACAGUCAAACCCCAGCAUCCACAGCACAGACCUACAGCCAACAGCAGCAGCAGCAGAGCUAUAAUCAGCAGUACCAGCAGUACGCUCAGCAGUGGCAGCAGUACUAUCAGAACCAGAGCCAGUGGAACCAGUACUACAAUCAAUAUGGAAACUACGGCAGCUACCAGCAGAACCCCCAAGGCAGUCAGGGCACCCCGGGAACGCAGUAGUAGCAUUGCAGCCACUUCAUACGGCCCCUUCGGCCCAUUCCCUAAGCAGCAUUCCUCAUCCAAUCCUUGUUUUGUGAGCCCUAAUCUCGUACCUAGUCUUCCCCUUUUUUGCCUGCUCUCUCAAAAAAUUUAUUCUCUCCCUAUUUAUGCCAACUUUAAAGGUAACCAGCCCUACGGUGCUCAGUUUGAGUCCUGGCGGCAAGUUUCCCUUUUUGCUUCUCUACUAAUUAUUUGUUUACAUGCAGCUUGAUCUUUGACUUUUUUCCUUUACUUGUACAUGAGAAGUUUGGCAUUUGAAAUUAGUAAUGUGUUGUAAAGUCCGCUCCAAACAGCUCAAGUACUCUGUUGUGCUUGAAUUGGAGGAGCGGGAUAGAUAAUUUGGCUUUGCACGCUUUGAUUCACUGAUGUAUAGAGACAGGAUGUUUCCCUGUGUUCCAGUAGUUUUACCACUGAUUUUAUUUUUCUAUUAAGAUGAAAGAACCACAUUUUGCUGUAGAUGGUUAUGGAUAUUGUUCUGUAUGGUCAUUCGCCUGUAUUUAAUCAUCCAUUUAAGACCACUUAACAGUUUAAAUCAUACUGGAAGUUUUAUUAGCCUAAAUCUUGAGCAGAAUAACGCAUCUCCAACUUUUGUUUUCUUUUUUAUACCAUUUUUAAAGGAGAGGUCUGAUCCACCUCUAUUCCUAUGUUGCAAAUUAGUAAUAAUCAAAAGUAGCUCCUUGUGUGUGGAUAAUGUUUUUACCUUGUGUCAUGUCUGUAAAGCAGUGUCUGCAUAUGGUUUGGUCAAAUCAGAUCUCAUUAUUUUGUAUUUGAGAAUAUAAUCUGAAGAAUCAA